AUGGAUGCCGCAGCGUAUACAGUAGUUGCCGCCUCGGACGGCAUUGACUCGCACAUCGCCACAUCGUCGCAAGAGCUGCGGACGCUAUUGCAGAAGCCUGACGAUGAGCUCAAGCUCGAAGCGUUGCGGACGCUCAUCACUUCGACGCUCAAUGGGCACCCACAUCCUACCCUUCUCAUGCCGAUCAUUCAAUAUGUCUUGCCGAGCAAAAGCAAGGCAAUCAAGAAGAUGCUUCACUUCUACUGGGAGGUCUGCCCGAAGCUCGACGAGAACGGGAAGCUCAAGCAAGAGAUGAUUCUCGUCUGCAACGCCAUCCGGAACGACCUGCAACACCCGAACGAAUACAUUCGUGGUUCCACGCUGCGAUUCCUGCAGAAGAUCAAGGAAGCAGAGCUGCUUGAGCCGCUCGUACCGUCGAUACUCACCUGCCUCGAACACCGCCAUUCCUACGUCCGAAAGAAUGCUCUGUUUUGCGUCUACUCCGUCUUUACCACGCCCACCACCGCCGCGCUUAUCCCGGACGCACCGGACCUGAUGGAAACGUUCCUGGCGGCCGAAGCAGAUAGCACUUGCAAGAGGAACGCUUUUAUCUUCCUCGCGCAUGUCGCACCCGAGAAAGCAAUGGUGUACUUGAGUGGAAUGGCCGAGCAGAUUGGCGGCGCGGAUGAAGGCAUGCAACUUGCGGUCAUCGAGCUCAUCAGGAAGGAGACCAAGACAGGAGGCGGGCAGGGAAAGGCCCGAUUCGUACGAGUGAUUUCGGAGCUGCUCGAUGCUCCGAGUCAUGCGGUUAAAUACGAAGCGGCGACAACACUUGCAACCCUCACACAAUCCUCAGCAGCCAUCAAGGCGACAGCGAGUGCGCUCAUCGAGCUCGUUGUCAAGGAAAGCGACAAUAAUGUCAAGCUCAUCGUCCUCGACCGGCUCGAUGCCCUACGAAAGCGUCACGAGCAUGUCAUUGACCCGCUCGUCAUGGACGUCCUGCGUGUCCUCAGCAGCACAGACAUGGACGUGAAGCGAAAGGCACUCAAUAUUGCGCUCGAGAUGGUCACCAGUCGGAACAUUGAGGAGGUCGUGCUCUUUCUCAAGAAAGAGCUCAUGAAGACGGUGGGAGAUGGCACGCCGGGUGUCGCGGUCGACAAAGCUGCGACAGAAUACAAGCAGCUACUGAUCCAGAGCAUCCACGCCUGCGCCAUCAAAUUCGGCGAAGUCGCCAGCAAUGUCGUGCACGUACUCAUGGAGUUCUUGGGUGACUCGAGCAAUUCUUCGGCAGUUGAUGUCAUCUCCUUUGUGCGUGAGGUCGUCGAGAAGUUCCCGGAUUUGCGCAGCUCCAUCUUGGAGAAGCUUCUCAGGACCUUUGACCAAAUCAAGAGCGGAAAGGUGUUCCGUGGUGCUCUCUGGAUUGUCGGCGAGUACUGUGAGAGCGUGCAGGAUGUCAAGGAAGCCAUGCAGCAGGUUCGCAACGUCAUUGGGGAAUUGCCAAUUCUGGCUGCAGAAGAGCGAGCCUUGGAGGCCACCGCUGCAGGUGAAGAUGAGCAGCUUAAUGGAGGAGACAGCACAGCUCCUGCGGCGCCCAAGAGCAGCGGGCCAAAGGUCCGAGCAGAUGGUACUUACGCCACAGAGACCGCGUUCGAGCAAGUGGCCAAGCUGGAUCCGACGAGCAGCAGCAGCAAGCCUCCAUUACGAUCUCUCCUCCUUCUUGGCGACUUUUACACUGCCACGGUACUCGCUUCCACCCUUGUCAAGCUGGUCAUGCACUUCUCAGCAGUGUCAUCGGAUACUCUGGCCGUUAACUCGAUCCGAGCAGAGUCUAUGCUCAUCAUGACUUCCAUCAUCCGUGUUGGCCAGUCGAGCUUUUCAGCUGCUCCUAUUGACGAGGACAGCGUGGAACGCAUCAUGACGUGCAUCCAGACGCUUGCGACAUUUCCUGCAGGGAACGCUGGCGCCGAAAUGCAGCAGGACGAAGAUGUCGCCGAUGUCUUUUUUGGCGACACCAAGGCGGCGUAUGCUAAGAUGAUUGCACACCAAGAGGCCAAGAAGGCGGAAGAGCUCGCCAAGCAAACCAAAAUCGUCAAGGUUCAGGCCGACGAUCUGCUCACCUUCCGGCAAUUCUCGAAAAAGAAUGCGGCAGAAGCCGAGGCGGAAGAUCUCGAAAAGGAGCUGGUGCAAGCCACCGGCGUUGCGGACAGCGGCAAGGAUGACUUUAUCUCCAAAUUACAGCGUGUCAUUCAGCUUACCGGCUUCUCAGACCCAGUUUAUGCUGAAGCGUAUGUUCACGUUCACCAGUUCGACAUCUUGCUCGAUGUUCUUGUGGUCAACCAAACAGCCGAGACGCUGCAAAAUCUCAACAUCGAGUUUGCCACUCUCGGCGACUUGAAGCUCGUUGAGCGGCCUUCCAGCUACACGCUAGCGCCGUACAACUACCAAAGCAUCAAGGCUGCCAUCAAGGUUUCCAGCACAGAGACUGGUGUUAUCUUUGGCAACAUCAUCUAUGAGGGCUCCGCGCCAGCGUCCAAGUCUCAGAAAGCAGGCUCUCGCUCCGCAGUCAGCUCUAGUGGAGCUUCUGCAGGAGAGAGCAAUUGCGUCGUCUUGAAUGACAUUCACAUCGACAUUAUGGACUACAUCAAGCCGGCGCGCUGCACUGAGACGCAGUUCAGGAGCAUGUGGACCGAGUUCGAAUGGGAGAACAAGGUCAACGUUAACACCACGAUUCCGACUCUUCGCAAAUAUCUUGAGCACAUGAUGAAGUCAACGAACAUGGCCUGCCUAACACCCACGGCAUCGCUCGCUGGCGAGUGCGGCUUCCUCUCCGCCAACUUGUACGCACGGUCACUCUUCGGCGAGGAUGCACUAGCCAACCUCAGCAUCGAACAAUUGAAAGAUGGCACGAUCCAAGGGCAUGUACGCAUCCGCAGCAAGACACAAGGUAUUGCCCUCAGUCUUGGCGACAAGAUCACACUCGCUCAAAAAGGGCCACAGGCUGAUGACUGA